GGGGCAACAAGAGGACUGAAAUGAUGGACCAAGCCGACAUCCUGAGAAAGUUUAUCCAGGGGGUGAAGGCCAUGAGAGAAGGGGACGAGGAGAGGGGAGAGGACAACUUCGGCAGCGACUUUAUGCGUUUACGGCGGUUAUCAACCAAAUACCGGACAGAGAAGAUCUACCCCACCAACGUUGGAGAGCGAGAGGAGAAUGUCAAGAAGAACAGAUAUAAAGAUAUACUGCCAUUUGAUCACAGUAGAGUGAAGCUGAUGUUAAAAACGACCAAUCAGGACACAGAUUAUGUCAACGCAAAUUUCAUCAAGGGCAUGGAUGGCCCGGAGGCUUACAUUGCAACUCAGGGCCCGCUGCCGAACACUGUCACAGACUUCUGGAGGAUGAACUGGGAGUACAAUGUAGCUGUUAUUGUAAUGGCUUGUCGAGAGUAUGAGAUGGGAAGGAAAAAGUGUGAACGGUAUUUCCCGGUGCUGGGGGAGGAACCCAUGAGUUUUGGCCCUUUCCGAAUCUCCUGUGAAUCCGAGCAGGCCAGAACAGACUACUUUAUCAGGUCUCUGAUGGUGGAAUAUGAUAAUGAAACACGGAGGAUAACACAGUUCCAUUAUAUGAACUGGCCUGAUCACGAUGUCCCUUCGUCAUUUGACUCCAUACUGGAUAUGAUAGGACUAAUGAGAGAAUACCAAGAGAAUGAUGAUGUCCCUAUAUGUGUGCACUGCAGUGCAGGGUGUGGGAGGACGGGUGCUAUCUGUGCUAUCGACUACACGUGGAACCUCCUCAAAGCUGGGAAAAUUCCAGAAGAUUUUAAUGUUUUCCGGUUGAUCCAAGAAAUGAGGACGCAGCGGCACUCGGCUGUCCAGACCAAGGAGCAGUAUGAGUUAGUCCAUAGAGCCAUCGCUCAGCUUUUUCAGAAACAACUGCAGCAGCUGGAGAGUCCCACCAACACGCAGAUACACGAUGGCAUGGAUGAAAGUAGUCCAGUUAAAGCAGCCCACCAGUCAGAUGACGAGAGAUGGGACACGCCUCCUCCAAAACCUCCUCGCAUACGCAGUUCCCAGGUAGAAGGUGAUGUUAAGGAAGAGAUCCUCCAGCCCCCGGAGCCUCACCCCGUACCUCCGAUUCUGACCCCGUCUCCCCCCUCAGCCUUCCCCACUGUCACCAACGUACGGCAGGACAACGACCGCUACCACCCCAAACCUGUCAUACACGUCCUGGCUACCGCACAACAUAAUGUGACAAAGAAUCAAGACGUGGACAAGCAGCAGAACCAGUCAGAGCUCAGUCCAAACACGCAGACCAGUCCCUCGGAACAAAAAGACCAAGAUCUGCUUAGUCGAAAACAGCAAACCCAAGUCUCAAACCUAGAUCUCAACGACAACUAUAACAACAAACUAUCAACAUCGACAAAGUCAGAAUCGGGCCAAAGCCAGACUCAGACUCCCUCCUCCCCCCUCUCGCCAGCCGUUGAAUGUUCCGGUGCUCCUCGGAUCGAGAGGAAGCUGAGCAUUGAGAUUAAAAAGGUGCCGUUGCAGGAAGGACCUCGCAGCUUUGACACUUCCUCCUCUAUGGGAGUAGCAGGCGGAGUGGGCAGCGGUUCAACCAAUAGCGCGGCCAUGCUGCAAAGAAGCCACGCCUUCAAAGCCCGCUCCGGUCAAUCCCUGCUGACGUCUAGCUCCUCGCUGUCGGAGGACUCGGGCACGGAGGGCGGAGCAGGCGGAUGCGGGGAGAGUCAAGCAGACGGAGGCGUCCUGGCCAGACCGAACCACCUCCCUGUGAAGAACGAGAAGGGCGAGGUGCCCGGAGGGGAGAGAGCGGAGCUGAAGGCCGGCCACGCAUCGUGGGCUCAACCCUGCAACAGCCCCGAAAAACACUUCCCAAAGACCUCCUCCUCCUCUUCCUCGUCAGACCGUGUCGCACCAUCCUCCUCCUCCUCCUCCCACCUCUCCUCCUCCUCUUCCUCCUCUUCCUCCACUCCUGUUAGGACUGCCCUAAGUUUCACCAACCCCCUGCACUCUGAUAACUCGGACGAAGAGGGGGACGGAGAGAUGUCUGGAGGAAGAGAGGGUUGUCGUACUAAUAUAUCCACGGCGACGGCCAUGGUUAGUACGCUCUCUCACCUCGGAGACCAGCAGCCGGUGAGGAAGGUGUCGCCCAUGUCCAUCGCAGGGCAGAGCUCUCCGUCACCUCCAGCAAACUGCUGGGACAGCGACGACUCCCCUCCCCCCCUCCCCGAGAGAACCCCUGAGUCCUUCAUACUGGCCACAGACCCUUUGGACGUGAGGACACCGGCCUCGGGCGAAUGGAGCGGCACACACAAAGAUGUGUCAGGGUGUGUUAAGAAGAUGUCUCCAGCUGACCCUGCAUCCGCUGGCACCACGGCAACAGACAACAAGGCAGACCUGGGUGGGGUUCGGUAACCGCUGCAUUCAGCCCAAAGGCCCUCGAGACCCCCCCCUGGAGUGGACAUGAUGGAUUGACCCGUCUGUCCGUCCGUCAACAGUCUUGCUCCCUCACCAAGAGACGGAUUCUCACCUGGCUGGUCCAAAACCAAGUUGAUAGAUGCUACACAGGCAGCACAUUUUUACAUAGAAACACUUUCUGUGUAACUCUGUGCCAAUAUGUUCUCAAGACUCCUCUUCCCCUCCUCCUCCUCCUCCUCUUCCUCCUCUUCAGUUCCUCCUUCAAAGUGCCACUGUGCAAAGCAGAAGAACACUUAUUGGUCAAGUGGUUUGUCCAUUUUGGAACAAAGCCCACGUUCUCGAGGUUUUGACUCCUCUGGACGCUGAAAUGGGAUCAGUCUGGUUAUUUCCUUGUUAAUGAUUAAAGGAUAAUUCCUGCUUUUUCUUUUCCCCUGUUUUUGUUGAGAUAAGAGUAAAUUAGGAAAUGUUCUCUCUGAGCUGUAAACAUAUCCUGACUAUCUAUCCAUUCUUAGACUAAUUGGAGGGGGGGAAUGUAGGAGUAAUCGUUACAAAUUCAAUAAAGCUGUUGUCUUGAAAUGAACAGGGAGAAAACUUUCAUACCAAAAUGAGAAAGAAAAAAAACGUUUUUUUCCAUCAUGAAUCAGGAAUUAUCUUUAAUCAGAAAAAGCUACUGUGGGAAGCCAAUUUCCUGAGGUUUAACUGAACUCCCAGAAGGUGUCUGCUCCCUCCUACUGAAUGAACAACAAUCUUCAAAGCGAACCUAGAUAAUCUGUUACCCAUGAUGCAACCUCUUCUGUUGGGUAUGUACAGGUUGCCCGGGUGCUCUCUCUCUCUCUCACUCUCUCUUUCUUUUUCUCUCUUUCUGUAUUUCUGUCUCUCUCCCACUUUCUGUGCGCUGGUGCUACAUUACUAAAGAUCAGCAUAGAGACAGAAAAAAAACUAGAGCUUGACAUUCACCUGUUUCUCACCUCUUGUCUGUAGUAAUGUCCACUCUAGUACUUUUAUAUUUCUAUGCUGACUUUCCCUUUUUUUUGCCAGAGUCAUAGAUUGAUGCAGUUUGGUCAUUGCAGCAUUCAGGAGUCCUGCUUUGUGACUGUAGUGGAUUUUAUUGUAAAGUUGUCAUUUUUUCUGCAAAGAUCCGUUAAAUUGAAAAUCAUAGUUUCAGGAAAAGGUGAUACUAUACAACAUAUUUGGCUUGUGAUUCUUUAAAGUGAAGCAAUCUCA